ACAAACAAUCCUUUUUUCCCCCACUCCUUAGCCUGCAGACUCUGUGUUUAGAUGGGAACCACCUAAGCUCACUACCUGAAGAGCUUGGUGAUCUGUCUCAGCUCAACAGCCUGGGCCUCUCCUUCAACAACUUCUCUCACGUCCCGACGGUCCUGGAGAAACUGUGUGCAGUGGACAAGCUGGCCAUGGCCGGAAACCGAGUGGAGAGCUUGGAGCUGUCCACUCUGGCUCGAAUGAUCCACCUGAGGAACAUCGAUCUGCGGUUGAACGGACUCAGGUGUGUUAAAUGUGAGACUCCAGAGCCAGUGAGCCACGUGACGCAGCUGGACUUGCGCGAUAAUUGCUUGGACUCGCUCGACCUGAGCACCGUCUGCAACCUGGAGACUCUGCACUGCCAGCGGAACCAGCUGGGGACUCUCACACUCAGCGGUUUCUCACUGCGCAUGCUUCAUGCCGGCAGCAAUCGCCUCACAACAGUCAACGUCUAUCCAGUCCCGAACCAGCUCACACACAUGGACCUUUCACAGAACCUGUUGGAAUACCUUCCAGCCUGGGUGUGUGACUGUCGGAAAAUCGAGAUACUGGACCUUCAGCACAACCUGUUGUUUGAACUGCCUUCCAGGUUGCUGAACAGCUUAAGUUUGAGGAAGCUGCUGACGGGGAACAACCGUUUGCAGAGAGUGCCUGACCUACUUGACCAUAUUCCUCUGGAAGCCCUUGACCUGCAGCAUAACAAGCUCAGCGAACUUCCAGAGGGUCUCUUUUACAAGGCCUUAAACCUGAAAUACUUAAAUGUGUCAGCCAACGCCUUGGAAAGCAUUCCCCCCAGCAGCCAAUCAGAGGAGAGCCUCAGCACCCUCCAGGAGCUCUACCUGACCGGGAACAAUCUGAACGAGAACUGCGGCGCUCUGUUGGUCGGACACCAGAACCUGCGGAUCCUUCACAUCGCCUACAACCAGCUGCUCUCCUUCCCAGCCAGUAAGCUGAGUAAACUGGAACUGCUGGAGGAGCUAAAUUUAAGUGGGAACAAGCUGAAGACGAUCCCCUCCACGGUGUCCAGCUGUAAGCGGCUGCACACUCUCAUCGCACACUCGAAUCAAAUAACCGUCUUCCCAGAAAUCCUCAACCUGCCUGAGAUCAAGCUUGUAGAUCUAAGCUGCAAUGAGCUGACUGAGAUCCAGCUACCCGACUCUCUGCCUGCCACACUGCAAGAGCUGGACUUGACGGGCAACAGCAGCCUGACGCUGGAACACAAAACCCUCAAUCUGUUCAGCCACAUUACCACGCUGAAAUUAGACCAGAAAUCUGCCGCGACACCCGGAGACUCCCUGGGCUCCUCGACUCUCUGGAAGCACGGUUACUCCGAGAUGAGAGGCCAAAGAAAUAAGUUGUGUGUUUCCGUGCUUGCCGUGGACCGUUUUGGAGACGGUGGCGAAGGUUGUUACGGGAUCUUCGAUGGCGACCGCAACGAGGAAGUGCCGCGCCUCCUGCAGUGCACCAUGGGAGACGUGCUUUGCGAAGAACUCCAGCACUCCUGUGUCGACACAGUGUACAUGUGCAACACCUUUCUCACCUCACACAGGAAACUUGGCAUGGCCGGACAGAAACUCGGUGCGUCUGCCUUGUUGUGCUACAUUCACCGUGAGACGUCGGAGCCCGGGAGCGGCUUCAGCCUAACUGUGGCUAACGUCGGUACAUGCCAGGCCAUUCUGUGCCGUGAUGGACGGCCUGUCCAGCUCUCUAAGGUUUUCAGCUUGGAGAACUCCACAGAAGAGAUGGAGAGGGUUAAAGUCAAUAAAGCCAUUAUAACAGAGGACAACAAAGUGAGUGGAGUGACGUGCUGCUCUCGCCUAUUGGGCUGUUCCUAUCUGUCUCCUUGGGUGCUUCCAAAGCCCUGGGUGUGCACUGAGCCGCUCUGUGCCAAGGAUGAGUUCCUGAUCCUGGGGAACCGGGCCCUUUUCGAGCGCGUGUCCUAUCAGGAGGCCGUGUACACCGUGCAGGCCGUGCGGGAUCCACAUGCCGCCGCCAAGAAACUGUGCUCCCUUGCCCAGAGCUACGGCUGCAAGGACAACAUCGGAGCUGCGGUGGUGUCACUGCGUGUCAGUGAGGACAGCUGCACUUGUGAGCCGCCGGUGUUGAACGAUGAACUGCGGGGUCCGACCCCGGCCCCUGUGCCGGUGUCCGUGACUCCAUGCCCCAGUGAUCCAGGAAACAUCUCGUCUAGCAGCGGCAUUGGCACCGAGUUCAGCAGCGAGACGUCGGCCUCGGAGGUGGGCAGCGAGGCAGGGUCCACCGCUUCGGAUGAGCACCCGUCCUCUGGCCCUGCGACUCGCCCAGAGAGGCGCUGCAGCCUCCACCCGGCUCCUGCGCUCUGCGGGAUCAUGGUGCAGGGUCCAGCUCCGACGAGAACUCACCCCGGUGUUUUCCAGCGCCAGCCCUCCAGUGCCACUUUCUCAAGCAACCAGUCUGACAACGGCUUGGACAGCGAUGACGAAGCUCCACUUGAGGGUGUCAUCUCUAACGGUAGCAAGUUGGAGGUGGAGGUAGACAUUCACUGCUGUGCUUUCCAGCUCCGGCCGGGGGCCCCCGAGAGCCCGAAGGAGCUGAAUCUGGAAAAUCGCAACGGUAAAAUGCGCAGACAGAACAGCGUGGUGGUUUCUGCUACAAACGGCUGUCUGCUGGCCGUAUGUGGUAGAGAGAACGGAGACCUCAAGAAGUCACCUUCCACCUCCAGCCUGUUCGGUAAGAAACUGUCCAAUGGUUCUGUGGUGGCCCCGGAAGACAGUCAUAAUAUCAUUGAGGUUGCCCUGGAGGCGCCAAAGAAAAAAUCAGGCUACUUCACGGCCCCGGCUCAGCAGGACCCGGAGGACCAGCUAAUUGUGCCCCCCGGUCUUGAGCAGGAGGUCAGAGAGCAGCUGAAAGGCCAGAGCCUUCUUGUCUCAGGCAUCUCCACACCGCCAACCCCGGUGAAAGAUCCACCGUGGGAUCAACCACACCCUCCUGCAUUUGCCUCCACCUUAGUUCCAGGGCCGGGCCUCGCUCCCGUCCUGCAGCAGGAAGUCUACGAUACCGCCCUCUAGGACGCUGAGACGGCCGUUUGGCUUCAGUUUGGAUUGUGCCAUUCUUGAGAUGUAGGACUGUCUCCUACAGCUAGUUUAGUUGGAAGAAGACGCCAUUUGAAAAAAAUGUUGAGAAGACAAGAAAAGCCUUUAGAACUCUGUUAAAAACUGAUACUGUGCCAUUAAAGAGAGAUAAGCAGAACAUGCUCUGAGUAUCCGCCACAAUAGGGCUGAACAAGAUUUCCACACGUCCAACAUGUCAACAGCAUUUCCCUUUACUUGGAAAGUUAAGCAAUCUGAUGGAUACAGAAAAGAUUGUGGUCAGUCUCCCCACCAGGAACCCAAAGGUGUCUCAGGUCCUGCAGAGAUCGAUUUGUGCCGAAGCUUGAAAAAGUGCCUAAAACGGACGACACAUGAGAGAGCUCAACGCAUCCAGGUUAGGAGUUGGGAUGAGAGUUUGUUUCAGUUAUAUUCAGACAGGACACGGUCUUUACGAACACUCGAUGUCCACGGACACCUUUCUUACGGCUACUGAAGCUUGGCCCGUUGUUGUCCUUAUUUAACGCAGACAAAUAUGUUGAAAACUUGAGUUUUUAUCCCAUAAUCCCAUCAGAAUUCAGCCUAAAAAAAAGUCCAGCUUUGCUCAACCCCAAACAACUUCCAACUACAUUCAAACGUUUUCAAGUGGAUGUCUUUUCACCAUUAACUUUUCAACCACAAGUUCGUGACGUUUAAGCAGAAAACGAUGCUAUAGUUUCCACGUCUCUUCAGUGAAAGUUUUCUUGUGGGAUAAUGCUAGCAGAUACGACUCUCCUCUCUUACGCAAAGAGAACUAGGGUUAAUCUCUUUACCCAAAAGGUACGUUUUAAAGGUUAUUAUUAGUAUGGUAUUUUGUUUGAUUUUUAAAGAGAGAAAUCUCAUUCCUGACCCAAAGGCCACAUAUCAUACCUCUAGAUCUGGAAGUCAACUUUAAAAAAAAAAAAAAGAAAAAAGAACCGAAAGAACUUAAGAUGUCAUCAACAUGUAAAGACAAGAAUAACUGCCUUUAUGUUGUUCAAAUUAUUAAUUUGGGUUUUAUUUGUUUAGAAUCUGACAAACUGGAUGAAUCAUUGUAGAAAACACUCUUGAGGGAAAAGCUUUGAGUGCACUGCGGACCUCUUAUGAGCCGUUUGACAUGAAGAUAUUCAGCUCUGGUGGGCUGAAGUGGGAGUGACAGCAGAAUAAUCAGUGAAGAUGAAUCUCCAUAAAAGCUGCAUUUCAGAGAAGAAGAACAAAUAUUUUUGAGUUUUGGCAUUUUGAACACAUUCUGAUUGAUUUGAACAAAUCAGUCAGAUGGCAGUUGAGUAUAAAAUGAUGUUUUAUCUAUCUUCUUAUUUAAAGUCUCUUUUUAUGUGUAGACAGAUUAUUCUUAUUUAUUAAUAUUUGAGGCUGCUGAUAUUAGUCAUGUUAUACAGCGAUGCUGUGAACAAACUUGUCAUCUCCUUGUCAUUUUCUCACAUUUACUCCAUGCGUUGAUUUUUUCCCCCCCUCUAUUUUUCUGCUUGUUCUGUCAAAUGUUGGACUUGGAAGCUGCUUUGCCAAACUGUGGUGAGAGGAAAUUUGUCAGGACAAGCUGAAUGUAAGAAAUCAAUCAUAGCUGAAUGUGAAACUUGUAACUCAGACACUUGACUUUACCUGAACAACAUUAAUCAGAACAAAUAUCUUUGGUAAAGAAAAUUCGAACAAUGUUCAAAGUAUUAAUUCCAAGCUUUCAGAAAUUUUUGAAGAUUAAAUCUUAGAAAUAGAGGUUUGUCGAGAUGUCAUUUGAAAUUGUUAUUUUUUUUUUCUACAUACAUUUAUGUGAGGUAUUGUUUUUUUAAAUCAUUGGUUAAUGCGCCUUUAGAUGUCAGAAAACACAACCAAAAAAUACAAGCGUAAAAAUAUGCGGUACUUGACGCCACAAGGACUUUCUUAUUAAGUUGGUCACUCAGAAUAUAGAAUCAUUUCUUCCCCCCUUCAAAGCUUUAGCAUCAUGUAUCAUGAUAAUAUCGUGCACACAGAGCCCUCAGCAGUUAUUGGCACCUAGUAAAUGGUAACUGGUCCUUUAUCGAGUCCAGAGGACCCCAAAGUACUGACUUCACACUACAUUCAGUAGAAGCCUAACUUCAAAAUAUUAUUACUUAAGAAGUAAAAGACUACUAGUUAAAUCGAGUAACUCUGAUCUACUUAAAAAAAAAGAGAUACAUAUGGAUUUAACAAGUCUCAGUUAGGUGUAAGAAUUGCCGGGGUUCCCAUUAAGUGUCGCCCUGGUAGUUUUGCAUAAAGCAAUUAUUUCUUACGGUAUUUGACUCCACAGGAUAGAUGCACUAAGCUGGAGGUUGGAUUUCUCCAUUUUCUGUUUGAUAUUUGCUAGUGGAAUAAAAGAUUUUUAUUUAUGAUGAUAUUUACCUUCAGUGCCAGAAAAUCCUGAGGUUGCUGUACCCAUGGGUAUAAACCAUAACUGUAUUUAUGAUACCUAAAUUAUUAGGGGAAACUCGGUAUCGUACUGCCCUAGAAACCUCACUUUAUCCAGCUCCGAAUGCCUCCAACGUGUUCAGCU